UAGACUUGUGGGCGAGUUGUUAGAACUAGGGCUGAACUGGGAUGGUAGGUAGGAACACACGGGAUCAACAAUUCGUGGGAUAAUACACACGUUCUAGGCUCGCAGCGAUUUUACUCUACUAGUUUCUUCCCUCUUCAAAGACCGACGUUGCCUUUACAGACUAAAGAUCCUGCUGAGCCCAUAAAACAAACAGAACGACUCACGAGGGAACACAAACGAGAUAUUACCAGUGACAUCCGUCAAGUAUUAUUAUACAUAGGAUUUUCCACAAUGAUGAGAACAACGUUAUUAAUGCUAGGAUUGCUGCUGGUUGCCGUUGUCGCCUCCCUUCCUCACAACACCCACAGCCGGCAGAAACGAGGGUUCCGAGCCAACUCAGCAGACAGAGUGGCACACGGAUAUGGCAAGAGAACAUACUCAUCAUGGGAAAACAGUUUUAACACAGAAUCAAAACAUUUGUUGUCGGUAGAAGAUUUGGCAAACCUGGUCGCGAACAACCCAACAUUAGCAGAAGCCUUGAUACGCAAAUUCGUUGAUGUCGAUGAUGAUGGUUUUGUUGGCAACAACGAACUGUUCGAGAGAUCCAAUGAAUAAAAGAGAUUUCUCUCCUUGGAGAUCAUGUGACAAAAAUCUAUUUUUGGAAGAGCAAGUCUCCGAAAAGUGAAAUAAAUCUUCAAAUGAAUGACGUCAUCGACAGUGAGUGUUCUCUCAAGAGCAAUCAAGAGCUGGGAGUGUUUACGAUGCUGGACAUUUCAUGGACUAAGAAUUUGGAUAAAUCUAUAUAUCAGAUAGUACAUAAUAUUUUCAUAUUCAUUCCAAUGAUCAUGGAUAUUUCGACAAAUGUCACCCAGCGGCUGCCUAUACCAUUUGUGUGUGUGCCGUUAGUACAGCAACAGUUCUCGAGUAGUGUCUACAUCUGAACUUGAAUCAAAUGAGAAUUAAGUAAUUCAGAAGGCAACAACAUGACCCCUGUGAAGAAAAUAGCUGGAAACCAAAUUUUGCAACAAAUGUGUCGUAGAUCAAAAACUAGAAAACUGAUUUUGACAACUUUGUAAUUUUUGACAGAAAUACACUAAACAGACACAUGUCCACUGGGAGAGCGAAUAAAGUGAAUGGAUGACGAAUCUUGAAA